AUGGCGACGUCCAGCUGGGUCCGGGCGGCCGUGGUCCUGCUCUGUGCCUCGGAUCUGCUGCUGCUGCUGCCGCCCCGGGCCUGCGCGGCCGACGGCCCGGCCGGGAAGCCCGGCGAGGCCGCCGCGCCUCCGCCGAAGAAGAAGAAGGACAUUCGCGAUUACAAUGAUGCGGACAUGGCGCGUCUCCUGGAACAGUGGGAGAAAGAUGACGACAUAGAAGAAGGAGACCUCCCGGAGCACAAAAGGCCCUCAGCGCCUGUCGACUUCUCGAAGAUAGACCCAGGCAAGCCGGAGAGCAUACUGAGGAUGACGAAGAAGGGGAAGACCCUCAUGAUGUUUGCCACCGUGUCCGGAAACCCCACGGAGAAGGAGACCGAGGAGAUCACCAGCCUCUGGCAGGGCAGCCUCUUCAACGCCAACUACGACGUCCAGAGGUUCAUCGUGGGCUCAGACCGCGCCAUCUUCAUGCUGCGUGAUGGGAGCUACGCCUGGGAGAUCAAGGACUUCUUGGUGAGUCAGGACCGCUGUGCUGAUGUCACUCUGGAGGGACAGGUGUACCCUGGCAAAGGAGGCGGCGGCAAAGAGAAAAACAAAACAAAGCAAGAGAAGGGCAAGAAGAAGAAGGAAGGAGACCCGAAAUCUCGGGCCGCGAAGGAAGGCAGUCGAGCUGGGAACAAACGAGAAGACCUGUGACGGGGCAGCCACCUCCCCGGCACGCGGGGCCGCCAGCCAGGGCCUGGGGCGGGGCGGGCGUGGGAGACCGCACACCAGACGGAGGUCCAGUUUCUUCUGCCACGUGACUAGCUCGUGGUCAGAGGAGGAAUCACCCUUGAAAAGCCUUCAAGUAAGAAGUUGUUUCUGUGCUAACAUUGGACACUGCCAAAUCCCGGUUCACUCCGAAGCCACUGCAGCCGGAAGCCUGACCGUUGCUUUUCCCCACUGAAUCGGGGGGAGCUGCUGGCUGCUGUCGAAGUCCCCUCGACACCUGCUCUGGUCUCCUAUGCUCGGUGUCUGUGCUUGUAUCUCGUUAACUGGAAGGUACCAGGUUCUAAUCAGACGAACGCUAAGACUCGAUUUGAUUGAAUCAGGCUCUUCCCGCCACAGAAGCAUCAUCUUCAUUGUGUGAGGUUGAAGCACGGAGCUCCAGAUACGCAGCCGGCGCUCCGAUGUGACCCCAGCCCUGCAGACACUGCCGAGGACAGAGACCCUGCCACUCGGGGGGCCCGAGUAUCUCCUUCCGUCUGUGGACUUGAAUCCUUGUCACUCACAGAGAACUCUGGCGUCUGUCAGCUGUUCGGUGGUCUGUGGAGUUCGGGGGUUCGUUCCGGGUCCUCCCCCAGGAACCGGCGAUGCUGGUGUGCAGGUUCGCGUGUUCGUUGAUGGGUUUAAUGGAAGGCAGCAGUCGGGAGCCGGCAGUCCCCUGCGGGUGUGGCGCAGGCUCCGGAGCCGCCUCCAUUCGUAAACACGAGUCUUUGACCAAGUGCCUGGGGUUGCUGUGUCUGUGUGGCGCACACGAGGCCCACCUGCUCGCGUCUGAUUUCGCCGUUCAUGGUGAGAGUCUGGGAUUUGUAUGCCGGUAUCAUUUUUAAGAACUAAAAUUGUUUGUAAAAACUUUCCAUUGUGAUUUUAACAAAGCAGCACAGGUACGUGGUUAGAAAAGGCGUUUGUUCAAAAACGGUAUCGAGUAGACGUCUGCCUGGUCACCGCUGCCACUCCCGUCCCUGCGGAGGCCCCGUUCAUGUUUCCAAGAACGUGUGUCC